GGCAUUAUUCAGUCACACAACAUCAACACUAGGAGUACAAAGCUGUUGGACCUGCAUUCAUCAUGUUUUCAUCUGGACUUGGACCAAAACCCUGAGACUGUGAGAUCAUAAAUCAAAAAUGAACCUUACCUCAGAUUUGUUGGACAUGAUGCUGAAGGCAUCAAACCUCUCUCGGUGGCAGUUCAUCCAACACUACUCCAUUCCACCACUGGUGGCUGUGCCCAGGCUCCCAGCUGCCCUGCUCCCUGUAGUUGGUCUGCUCUAUGUGCUCAUCUUCGGGCUUGCUGUGGUUGGAAAUGGGGCUGUGCUGGUUCUCCUGUGCCGUAAGAAAGCACUGCAGUCCCCAAGCACUUUCUUCAUCUGCUCGCUGGCACUCAGUGACCUUCUCAUUGGCAUUGUGUGUGUGCCUGCCUCCCUGUUGCAGCACUUCUUUAACAACUGGCUGGCAGGCGACUUCCUGUGUAAGCUGGUCCCCUUCCUCCAAGUGACCGCCAUAGCAACCAGCAUCCUGACCAUGACUUGUAUUGCUGUGGAGCGAUUCCAGGGGAUCUUGUAUCCUCUUCAUGUCCGCAACAGCUACAUCCUUCACAGCUCCAUCAUGAUGCUCGUGGCUGUUUGGUUGGUUGCACUGGCAGUUGCAGCACCGAUGUGGUUUGUCCAGAAAGUAGAGGUGAAAUAUGACUUCCUGUUUGAUGUUCACCACACCAGUUGUCUGGAGGUGUGGCCAAGCCAGCAGUGGAGGCGGAGGUACACUGUAUGCCUAUCAGUGAUGGUUUUUUUGGUCCCAAUGGUGACCAUGGCCAUCCUGUAUGGGAAGAUCAUGAGGGAAUUGUGGGGCAAACACCGCAUUCACGAGGCUGUGUUCCAAACACUGCCAGGGUCUGAGAUCAACAAGAUCACCAGGAGGAAGAGGAGGGCAGUGAAGAUGAUGGCCACGGUGGUGCUUUUGUUCGGUGCUUGCUGGGCUCCAUUUCACCUUGUAUCACUGCUGCUGGACUAUGAAAAGCUGAACCUGGACCUGGACUCAGAAUUUCUAUUGCUAAGCUUGGUGCAGAUCCUGGGCUUCAGCAACUCCGUGUGCAACCCAGUGGUCUACGCUGCCCUCAACACCAACUUCAAGAGGGAUUUGCUGGCCCUACUCACGCAGAGGCGGAUACUCUGCUUCCGGAGAAGGCAGACCCGAGUUGGCGUCUCUGUCACAGAACCGAGGACAACCGCGGAAAGGAUAGAGAGGAGAGUUGGGGUCCAGCCUUGGAGCAAAGUAGCCUGGGACACAGAAAAUGGUGCGGCACCAGUGACAAGUGGGGCAAGGUCCGAAUCCUUCAACCCCAUGAACCUGCUUGGUGCCAUUUGGCCAAGGAACAACUCAGGCACCGUCAUUCUGAAUGUCACUGACCCCCUGCACAUGGAUGCUACCUACAGAUCAGAUCAGAAGACAGCGGGAAUUCUGGGACAGCGGAGCAGUGACAGCGGGAACAGUGGAUAAAUCUCCAAAGGAGAAGUUUUUCUGUUUGUCCAAGAAAGACAGUAUUAUCACAACCAGUGAUAAAGCCAUCAUAUACUGUAUCUCUAAUGUGAGUGAGGCAAUUACUACCUAGAUUUCCUCCAAUGAGAUCUAAACAGUAGUGCAAAUUUCAGUGGAAAUCCAUACAACUGGUACUUGGGAUUUCGUGCCAUGCACAUGAUAAUCCAAUUUAUGGGUUUAGAGAUCCAAAUGUACUGUUCAUGCUCCGACAUUCAGGAAUUAGUGUGCAUGGAACACACUUUUAGUGUUUUCAUGAACACUGGUUACCCCAUCUUUAUUAUAGCAAAUCAUUUCAGGGCCAGCCCAGGCUUUGUUGGUGCCCAAGGUCUUGUUGAUAGCCCUAACCCCCCUCCCCCAAACCACCACCAAGAAAACACUGAAAACACUUAUUUUUUAAAUGAACUCAAAUUUACUAUUAUAUAACAUAAAUAAUGAUAAACAUUAAUAUAAAUAUGAAGUAAAUAACUGGUGAUAAUAAAUAACAAAUAUCAAAUCUGAGUAACAAACCUGUUUCAAAUUACCUUCUGAUUGUUUAAAAAAAUCAAACAAGAAUUAAACAAAAUACAAAUGAGCAUAAAAGUACAAUAAGCUGUAGACACAUGAUACAUUCCAGCACACUACGUGCAACACUGUGAGAUUAUUCACAUUUGGGUAGUCAGUUUUUGUGCAAAAAUUUUGAGAAUCUGUUCUGAGAAUUGUUUCAAAACUGCAUGCGCCUUGACUUCUUUGCAGCAAAGUCAUCAAUGAUUGCAUCAAAAGACAAAUUUUGAGAUGGUUGAUGCUGAUCACUGCAA